AUGGGUCUCGUUCGAGGCUUCCAAGAGCGAGGGUUUGAGCCAGAUAGAAGAGGUGACAAAUAUGCUCAAGGUACAAACAGAUGCCCUCGCCGACUUGCAUUUGAAGAUCAAGAACAUCCAAGACACUGCAAACAAAGUUGGCGAAUUCGCCAACAAAAUCCGGGGAAUCGAGGUUGA